AGAAAAUCCACGGGGUAAACAAGCCGGACUUUUAUCAUGAGAGUGCUUGGGGAGCUGCUCUUUUCUCAUUCGCUGCUUUGCCUUUGGAUUUAAGAUCAUGUCCAUUCACAUUGUUGCAUUAGGAAAUGAAGGAGAUGGAUUUCCUGAGGACAAUCGUCAGUCAGGUCUGAUCUGGACUUAUCUAGGGAGAAGUGCUCUCGUUUCAGAGACAGAAAGCAGCUUGUUGCUGAACUCUGAUGCCAGCUCGAUUGCAUAUCCUGUAUUUACUGAAUAUCAAGCCUGUGUGUUUGGAAAUGUCAGACUGGUGGUACAUGAUUGUCCCGUCUGGGGCAUUUUCGACAGUGAUUGGUAUACCUCUCGAAAUCUUAUUGUUGGGGCCGACAUCAUUGUAAUCAAAUACUCUGUAAAUGACAAGUCUUCGUUUCAAGAAGUAAAGGAUAGUUAUAUUCCAGUGAUUAAAAGAACAUUAAAUCAUUGUUCAGUCCCAGUAAUAAUUUCUGCUGUUGGUAUCAGACAAAAUGAAGAAUUACCAUGUACUUGUCCACUGUGUACCUCAGAUAGAGGGAACUGCGUCACUUCUUCUGAAGGGAUACAACUUGCUAAAGAAUUAGGAGCCACCUAUCUUGAACUACACAGUCUCAAUGACUUCUACGUUGGGAAAUAUUUUGGAGGUGUGUUGGAGUAUUUUAUGAUUCAAACCUUGAAUCAAAAGUCAUCUGAAAAAAUGAAGAAAAGAAAAAAAAGCAGCAAGUGUCAUGGAGUUAGGCCUCCUCAGCUUGAACAACCAGAAAAAAUGCCUGUCUUAAAGGGUGAAGCAUCACACUAUAACUCUGAUCUACAUAACCUAUUGUUCUGCUGCCAAUGUGUGGAUGUGGUAUUUUAUACUGAAGAUUUAAAGGAAGUUGUAGAAGCCCAUAAGAUCGUUCUUUGUUCUGUAAGCAGUGUCUUCAUGCUGCUGUUUAAUGUGAAGAGUCCCGCGGAUAUUCAGGACUCCACUGUGAUUCGCACUGCCCAAGAUCUCUUUGCUGUAAAUAGUGAGACGACAUUUCCAGUUACUAGCCAAGGCCCACCGUGCAACCCCCCAGUAAGAGUCAUUGUUAAAGACUCUCUCUUCUGUUCUUGCUUAUCAGACAUUCUGCACUUCAUUUAUUCAGGUGCUUUUCAAUGGGAAGAGUUGGAAGAAGAUGUAAAGAAGAAGUUGAAAGACCCCAGUGAUGUUUUAGGUGUAAUUGAGAAGGUUAAAUGUAUAUUGAAAACACCAGGGAAGAUGAAUUGCCUGAAGAACUGCAGAUCCUAUCAAGCCAAAAGACCCCUCUGGCUUUAUAAUACUUCUCUCAGGUUUUUCUUUAAUACACCCAUGCUUGCUGAUGUUAUCUUCAAAAUCCAAGGUUCUACUGUGCCAGCCCACAGAGCUGUCUUGGUGGCUCGUUGUAAGGUGAUGGCUGCUAUGUUUAAUGGCAAUUACCUUGAAGCCAAUAGUGUGCUGGUUCCAGUUUAUGGGGUUUCCAAAGAGACUUUCCUUUCCUUUUUAGAAUAUCUGUAUACAGACUCUUGCUGUCCAGCUAGCAUUCUGCAAGCUAUGUCUCUCUUGAUUUGUGCUGAAAUGUAUCAAGUGUCUCGACUUCAGCACAUCUGUGAGCUUUAUAUCAUUACACAACUGCAGAGUAUGCCCAGUAGAGAACUGGCAUCAACAAGCCUCAGUGUUGUGGGCCUACUUAAAAAAGCUAAGUUUCACAACUCUGAUUGCCUUUCAACCUGGCUCCUUCAUUUUAUUGCCACUAACUACCUCAUCUUCAGUCAAAAGCCAGAUUUUCAAGAUCUUUCAGCAGAAGAACGCAGUUUUGUUGAGAUGCACAGAUGGCCAUCCAACAUAUAUUUGAAACAACUUGCAGAAUACAGGAAGUAUGUUCACUCCCGGAAAUGUCGUUGCAUAGUAAUGUAACUCGAAGAUUGUAUUUCUGCUUGAUUUUGAAGAUUGGAAGAUCUGUGAGCAGCGGUAAAAUUUUAGUGAGGACAGAAAUUGAUACCUGUAUGUUCAACAAACACCCAUACAGUACAGUGUGUGCUUGUUAGUUCUCUUUGAGAUAACUACUUUUGUCUUAAAAGGGAUCCAAAUACACUGUAGGCUAGAAUACGGUUUUAUCUCAGCCUAGAAAGCUGCUGUGCAGCCACGUCUUUUAAAACGCUCUGUUGCUUCCAUAAUAUUGUGAACUUCUGGGUAAGAAAUGUUUAAAUUAAUUUAGUUUUUGUAAAACCAAUGGCAUAGUAUUAGUAAACAUAAAUUCCAUUAUAUCUAAUGGUAAAUGUUAAAAUAAGGGGACGUUGAAAAACUUUGUGGCUAUUUCUGUACUGGUACAUUUCAUGAAUCUCUUAUACCUUCCAGAUUUGGGGCUCUUUUAAGAGCUGCCCCAGGGAUAUAGACAUGUACCUGAGAUUUUGAAAAUGAAAUGGUACUUGUUUCA